CUGAGCUUCUUGGCAGUCAUUGUAGUGUGCAUCGUUGGGUCGGACUACCGUUCGGAUACAGGAAAAGAAUGUGUUUAAUUCUGAAAUCACUGUUCCUUGGGCAAAUGAAUUUGAUAUGCUCGUGGCUUGGCUUACUUGCUCGGAAUGAGGUUGGAGAAGUGAAGCCAAAAUCUCUGCGCUUGGAAGUCCGUAUAAAACAAGUCUCCACGUGUAAUCGGAACGAUAUUCUUUUAGGUGACCCAAGGAUUGCAUUCCGCAUAUCAUUGUCUCGAGAAUCUUUCGACACAACCCCCCGAGAGUGUGGGUCUGUGCGGGUGGCAGAUGCUGCAUGAUGUAUGAUUGUGUGUAUAAGUAUUCCAAAUAGACUAUUAGUAAGAUAUAUCCUUGAUGUGGGAACCUCUCCAUUUGCCAAUUCUCUGGCUGUAUA